AGUUGUAUGUUCCUAGACGUGGAGGACUCACGCGCAGACUGUCGGUUCGGUCCCUGUCGGUGAAUUUCCCGCGCUUUUCGAACAAAUAUGUAUUCACGUAUAAGUGUUAAUUAAAGUUUGCAUCUUGGAGAUUGAAUCGUUAAAAUGUGUGAAUGGCUGUCGCACGGGGAGUGGUGCGAUGUGAAACUCCUGUGCGGCGGGCGCGCAUUCAGCGCACACCGCGCCGUGCUCGCUAGUGUGAGCGCUUUUCUCAGACAUCUACUUCUUUCUUGUCCAGCAGAGGAGACACCGACGUUCAUUGUCUUGCCAGAUUUCGAUCUCGACGCUAUGGCAUCCGUUCUUUAUUACAUUUAUAAUGGAGAAGUCGUUGUAAAAAAGGAGAAGAUUGAAAUGUUUUUAGACAUUGUAAAAGCCAUGCAAAUAUUUGUAGAUAAUCAAUACUUGCCGCCUACGUCGAGUACACCUAUGUCUAAUAAUUUCAAUAUAAAUUUUCACUAUGAAUCUGAUUUCUCAAAAAGAAACAUAUUUACUUUGGGUUUUGAAGGUUGUGCAGAUGAACGUUUCGUUAAUAUAAAGAAAGGCAUGGACUUCCAGGAUGUAUUACAGUAUUCAGAUAGAGACUCAGAUUGCGAAGAUAAGCUGUUACGUAGUCAGAAUCCAAGUAGUGAGCGUGAGUCUUCUUUAGGAAAUCUGAAAUCGCCUUAUGGAGACCGACAAAGGAACUCUUUUCUACGUGAUUUAUUUAUCGAGACAUAUCCUCGAAACGGUAAUGUUAACGGUCUGACGGCAGGCGUGCUAGCAAUAUCAAAUGAAUGCUAUCGUGCUCCGGCAUCUGUGCUCUUGACGAAUGCAAAUGGCAAACAUCUCAGCGCCGACGGCUCACUCUUAGAACCAAAUAAAAAAAAGAAAGAGCACAUCAGUCAUUCACCAACAGUACUUCACCUUCACAAGCAGCAGCGAUGCACUCGAGAUGGGCCACAUUUCGGUGAAACCAAAGCUGUGCAUGAUCAAUCUUGCCUAAAAGUUUGUGCGCCUGAGAAAAGUACAAAGUCAGCCAUUUUUGGAACUGAUGUAAAUAAUUUAUUAAGGAACAACAUAGCUUUGUCGACAAACCCUUUAUUUCAGUUCGGAAUGCAAGAACAGCUACUAUCAAGAUUUUUAGUACCGUCGUUGGAUUUUAGUGUCUCUCCAUCAGUAUUUGAUCCGAUGAUGCAAGCUCAUAAUAAUAAAUCCGUAAUUAACAAUGCUAGUGAUAAAAGUAGUAAAGAAAUAGCCGUAACAUCUACGAGAGUAACUAUUUUGAACCAUGUCUUAGAUAGUCCAUGGAGCCCUCGAAUACCAAUCAAUUACAAACCUUUCCGUAGAAAAAACGAACUUUCAUCGCAGGCACAAGUGUUUAAGCAAAAAAGAAUCGAAAGUAACAACGUUAACGAUAGCAACAACAAUGUUCCAAAAGUAAACUCACCAUCGAAUUUGGCUACAGAACCCACGCCUACCGUUGAUGUGAAACAGUAUACACCAACAUCUUCUGUCCCGCAAGUUAGAAGAGAUGAUUUCAAAUGCACUAUUUGCAAUCAGGUGUUCACGAGCAGUGAGUUCCUGGCAGUACACAUGCGUAGACACUCCGCUAACGCUCGGUACUCCUGCGGCGAGUGCGGGAAAACGUUCUCCCAGCUGCGGAACUUCAAGUACCACAUGUCCAUACACAGAGGCACCAGGGAGUUUGCAGCCACCUGCACUGUAUGUGGCAAGUACUUCAACGACAGAGGGUAUCUGAGCAGCCACAUGAAGAUACAUAGAAACCGCAAAGAAUACAAGUGCACACUCUGCCCUAAGUCUUUCAACCAACGCGUCGCUUACAAUAUGCACGUCAGGAUUCAUACAGGUGUAAAACCUCAUGUAUGUGAAGAAUGUGGUAAGGCGUUUUCCCGCAAGAUGUUGCUGAAGCAGCACCAGCGAACGCACUCUGGUGAGAGGCCCUAUGCCUGCCCGCACUGCGACAAACGCUUCGCAGACCGCUCCAACAUGACGCUACAUCUACGACUACACACAGGAGUAAAGCCGUUUUCCUGCACGCUGUGUCCGAAGUCUUUCACGAAGAAGCAUCAUCUGAAAUCCCACCUGAACUUCCACACUGGUUCGAAACCGUACUCAUGCCCUCGGUGUAAGCUAGCCUUUACCCAGUCGUCGAACAUGAGGACGCACCUUAAGAAGUGUCGAGCGCCCGAACCAGCGCCCGGCAGUGAGGUUCCACAGAAUAGCGGAGAUACGACAAUACAAAAUGUAAUGAUGGAGCAUGAUCGAUGAAUCGUCGUCAAGAAUUCUUAAUUUAAAAACUUGCCUGCGCAUAUUUUAAUUUUACUUAAAUUAUUUAAUACAUUACAUACCUUACGAAAAUGAAAAUGAAAGUGUCUACUUACUUUGUUUUAACUGAUAGUUUGCUAGGUAAUUUUUUAUGAAAAAUAUGAGCAGUUUAUUACCUACAUGUUUCGCAUUUAUAUUAACUGACUCCUGUUUCAGUCGUUUACAGCUAUUUUAUUUUAAUUUGGAACUGUUAUUACUAUUUGUCGACAUGCGUAGCAAAAUGUGAGAAAGUCUAUUUAGUGUUAUCGAAUAAAGGAAACUGAAAGUUAUACUUUCGAUAUUAUAUGUAUACAGGAGGUAUCUGCUUAUUUAUAUCAGCGUUGUUGUUUGUGUAUUACUGAAGUAAAGUAAUUAUAUAGGUAUAUAUUUUUUAUGUGUGUUGUUAUA